GGGAAGUCCCUGGAUUUUGCACAGGGAUCAGCCGCUUGAAACACUCACUCCUCACGAGCUCAUCCAGGAAGUUGUCCCGACGUCGAACCCCUCUUUGUUUUCUCUGACUUUUUACAGCAGCGAGUUAUCAUUUCACUUUUGGCCACUUUCCACCUGAUAUUUAACACCAAAGCUCCGCAGCGACGCCAUGGCUUUUGUCCCGGGUCAGCCGCUCACCGCUGUUGUGCAACGAAUUGAGAUCCAGAAGUUGCAGGACAGAAAUAAUUUGAUCCUGGGCUUCAGCAUCGGUGGAGGGAUCGACCAGGACCCCGGGCAGAACCCUUUCUCUGAGAGCAAGAGUGACAAAGGCAUCUAUGUGACCAGGAUAACACCAGGAGGACCAGCUGACGUGUCAGGCUUGAUGAUGGGAGACAAAAUAAUGCAGGUGAACGGCUACGAUAUGACCAUGGUGACCCACGACUAUGCUCGUAAAAAGCUAACAAAGAAGUCUGAGGUGGUGGUUCGGCUCCUUGUGACCAGGAAGUCAUUGGAGCAGGCCGUCAAGCAGUCGAUGGGGCCCAAACUAACCCCACAAUUUGACAACAGUGUGACACGACACUACUAACUCAGCUGCCACGGAAUGAACACGCUCAUGUACUGCAAUCACACACACUCCGAUGAUGGUUGCACUGUGGCCUUUAUAACCAGAUUAUUGCAAAAAAACAAAAACACAUCAGUCAGUUUAAUGUUCGGGUGAAACAUCCUGAUGCUGCACAAGUCAGUUCCCACCAACACUAAACUCACCUCAAAGUUCCAGUGCUAUACAGCUCUGAAACCCUUUUAAUUUGCAGUGACAAUAUAAUACAUACUUGUUUUUUUUGUCCUCAAAUAUCACCAUUUAAAUCUUAAACAGAGAAAGAUUAAUAAUUAAAAAAGAUUAAUAGUCUAUGCAGGUAUUUCUUCUUUGUUAGAACAAGCAGACUCUCACUGAAAACAGAUUUUUGGAAGGGUUUCAUAAAACAGUGCUAUUAUAUCUCUAAAAUGUUCAUCACUUUUUGAAUAGUGAAUAUUAUUGCUUCAUUCCCACUUGUGUUACUUCUGCCAAGGAGGUUAUAUUUUCCUUGUCAGUUAGUGAGCAGGAUUACGCAAAAACUACUGGAAUGAAUGAAACUUGAUGGAAGGAUGGAGUUUGGGUUCAGGGAUGAAACCAUUCCAAUUUGCUGCCGGUCCAAAAUCUGGAUGUUGUGAAUUUGAAUGUGGUUUCAUAAGGAGACUGUUGGGCCUCGGCGGAGGUGUGCGCUGUACUGAGUUACAUUCUAGUAAGAUUCUUUCCAAAUGUCCUCUAUCUGCUCUUGAUAACACUUCUAUGGGAUCAAACCGGUAUCAAUAUCAGACUCCUCUUUCAUCUAUUUCCACUACAAAUAUAGAUUUAAUGAAAAAAAAAUCUAUUUGGAUGUCAAUCUUGUUAAGAUUACAGCAUCAAAUGCCAAAGCACUGUGAAGCAAUCAAACCUUGUGAAAAGUGUCCAUUUUCUCUUUUUGUUAUGAUACAGUAAGCGGUCCAAAAUAUAUACUUUUUUUUUAUAUCACAUAUUAAUGUUUUCCACUAAUAACCUCUUAACUGGGGCUUAGUUCCGUUCUAUUUAUCUUGUUUAUGUGUGAUAUCCUCGUAGUUUAUUCCAUGUCCACCGUGAACAGAAUUCUGCUGGACCUACAUUUGGACGACACGCCUGACACAUAAUUUUUAAUAUGUCACUCUUCAGCAUCCUCAUCAGGUUGAGCAGAAGAAAGUCCAUGUUUUGACUCAAGCAGAGCUUCUCACUGGAACCAGCAACGUGUGUGAACUUGUUUGUUUGUCAGAGACCAAAAGUUAAAAGUGUAACUCUAAACCCUACAGGAGUGAAAGUUCUUCGUGUGCACACCAGCUAUUACCUCUUGUCUUAUGAUGCUUUGGUUGAUUCCAUUCAACGAGUCCUCAGUGCAUGUCUAUGAUGCAGUGAAGAUCUGUUGCCUCUGAUACACAACAUAAUAACCCUGUAGAUGAGUGAUUUAAUACUAAUCUUUUACAAUAUUUGGGUUUUUAAUAAAGGUUGUUUUUUACUUGUUAUGCUGGGAGAUCUCAUCGGCUCUUGUUGGGCUGGUGAUAGAAAAAUCGAUUUCUAUGUGUUUAAUAGAACAAUUUAAAUUAAAAAAAAUCCGUCUUGAUCAUUAGAUAAAGUUUCUGAAAUGCUCGUAUAAUAAUAAUAAUCGUAUCUAAGAUUCUAAUCUUUCAGUCAAUGAGCGACUAAUUGUCUUGUCAGUUUAAUUUCAAGGACUGAGGCCUAACAAGGCAAACGUAUUGAGUUUUUUGCUUCAAAAAUGUAAAACCUGGACUCAUAGGGGUUUUUGUUAUAUAUAUAUAUAUAUAUAUUCCAAACAUCAUUUUGGAUGCUUGGGGGGGUUUCCAGCCCCAGGUUACAGAAUGUCACUCCAGGAACGUCCCUUCAAACAACAAAUUACUAACAGUAUUUUCUUUUUCAAUAAUUUUGUAUGGAAACUGCCAGCAGAGCACAAAUGUCCAGAAAUUGAAUGUGUACAGUUUUGAAUCUUUCUCAUAUAUAAAAUCACUGAGAACAAAA